ACUGCCAGUUAAAAAGCCCACAAAAAAUCCAGCACACUCGACAAUCUAAUUCUAACCUGCGGAAUGAAAUUGGUCGAGAUGCGUUUGGGCAAACAUUAAACCUCGACCUCCCCACUACUCGGUAAUUGCAGCAAAGAAGCUCAACACACAAUGGAAAUAACAACACACUCUGAUUCUGAUACAACCCCACUCAUGGAAGCCGCCCCAGACACCCCCCCUACUAUUACAACCUUAAACCAUGAUCUCUCCCAACCCCAACUCAUCCCGACAACAACAAUUGACCCCCCCGUCUUCCCACUCUCUCACCACUACCAGUACUACCUCGAUAAAUCCACCCCUUUUGUCCUCUACCGCUGGAUCGCUCUCCUUUGCAUUGUCUUCAUCUACGUCGUGCGCGUUUACUUCGUUCAGGGCUUCUAUGUCGUGUCUUAUGCUGUGGGUAUUUACAUCCUUAAUUUGCUUAUUGGGUUCUUGUCCCCUCAAGUUGACCCGGAAUUGCAAGCUCUUGAUGACGGGCCCACUCUUCCUGUCAGCCAGUCUGAUGAGUUUCGACCCUUUGUUCGUCGGCUCCCCGAGUUUAAGUUCUGGUACUCAAUCACAAAAGCUUUCUGCAUCGCCUUUUUGCUUACUUUUUUCAGUAUAUUUGAUGUGCCUGUGUUUUGGCCGAUAUUACUUUUCUACUGGCUUGUACUGUUCGCUCUUACCAUGAGGAGGCAGAUAAUGCACAUGAUGAAGUACAAAUAUGUUCCAUUUAACUUUGGUAAACAGCGUUAUGACACAAAGAAGGAAUCAUCAACCGAAAUUGCAAGUCUUCUUCCCGCAGUUUGAACAUUACAUGUAAUCAGGCCUUUUGAAAUUCAGAUCAUGUUAAAUACCAAUUGCAGAUUGCAAGAUCCUUUAAUUUUCUCUCAGGAAGUAGAAGAAUCAUAUCUUAUCUGAGUCUAGAUUAUCUAAUCACUACUCAGAAAGGUUCAUGGAUCUUUUUGUAUGUAUUAAAAGAUCAAGUUUGGUCUUAGUUUUUGCA